AUGCGUUUCCUCACAUCCCGUUCCACAUUAGUGGCCCUUGUCCUGCCAUUCAUCCCGGCAGUCUUGGGAUCUCCUUAUAAGCGCAGUGGCUCUUAUCUUGCUUUGGACACGGAUUUUCCUGAUCCUGGCUUCAUUGGUACGCUCGAUGGGAAAUGGUACGCUUUUGGUACCCAAGGAAAUGGCAAGCGCGUUCAGAUCGCAGAGUCGAAUGACUUUACCACUUGGUCCCUUCUCGAUACGGAAGGGCUUCCAACUGUUGGAGCCUGGGAGGAGGAUGCCCUGCACUAUGCACCGGAUGUAAUUCAGCGAGGUGACGGCAAGUAUGUGAUGUACUAUUGUGCCAACUCGAAGCAAGUCGGACCAAACAAGGACGACCACCACUGCGUCGGAACUGCUCUCGCCGACCACCCGGCAGGACCUUACGUCCCAAAUGACAAGGCUCUCGUCUGUGACCUUGACAAAGGCGGAGCCAUCGACGCUGCUGGAUUUCGCGACAAAGACGGAACCAACUACGUCCUCUACAAGGUCAACGGUAACAGCAUCGGCCAUGGCGGCGACUGCAACAACGGCGUCGACCCUCUUGUCCCAACCCCAAUCAUGCUGCAGAAGCUUGCAGACGACGCCGUGACUCCUGUCGGUGACCCUGUUCAAGUACUGGACCGGAACACUGCGGACGGUGAUGGCCCUCUGGUUGAGGCUCCUAGUCUGGUUUUGGCUGAUGACACCUACUACCUUUUCUACUCGACCCAUUGCUACAACGAGAAAACUUAUGAUACCCGCUAUGCUACUGCCUCUAGCAUUACCGGUCCCUACACCAAGAACAAUGAGGGGUUUUUGAAGACUGGCGACAGCCCGAAUCUGAUUGCUCCUGGCGGUGCGACUGUUUGCGGAUGUGGUGACCGCAUGCUCUUCCACGGUUGGUGUGAUAAGAGCAUGAAGCAGCGCUGUAUGUAUGGCGCCAGUGUCAGCCUGAAGGGAGGCAAGGCGGCUAUUGUUUGA